AGAGCCGGCGCCAUGACUGCUUCAGGGCUCGUGGGCUUGCUUGGCCGCACCACUGCCACCGCAUGGAGAGCUGCAAGAUCACCAAUUCUGUGUCAGUCUUUGAGGAAAAUGAGUUCUUCUCAAGAAGGGAAGUCUGAAUCUGUCAAACAACCCCUUAGGAAGCCAAAGUUACCAGUAGGUCGUUUUGAUGCACCAGAGGAUUCCCAUUUAGAGAAAGAACCACUGAAAAAAUUUCCAGAUGAUGUUAAUCCAGUUACCAAAGAAAAAGGUGGACCUAGAGGCCCAGAACCUACCAGAUAUGGAGAUUGGGAACGAAAAGGACGUUGUAUUGAUUUUUAAGUCACAUAUUUAACUUCAAAGGACACUGUAUUGAUUUUUUUAAGUUACAUUCUUUAACUUCAGUAUCAUUUUCUGAAUAUAUACAUCUGAAUUACUUAUUUCAGAUUAUUUUCUUUUUUUUAUAUCCUUUAAAUCAUCUAAUUUCUUUUUUUUUUCUUUUUGGUGGAACUGGGGAUCACGCCCAGGGCCUCAUACUUACUAGGCAGGCACUCUACCACUGAGCUAACAUCCCAGACCUAAAUCAUUUUAACUUCUGUACUAUGUUUAACUAACUAAAUACACACACACACACACACACACACACACAUGUACAUAUAUAUACACACACAUAUAUACAUAUAUAAUGGAUUUAGAUGAAAAUAUGCUGCUAUAAAUUAGGAAAGGGAAGAUAUUUUUAUAUUAGCUCAUAAUUAACUUUAACUUAUUAGGGUAUAUAAAAACAUAAUUAUAUAAUUAUAAAUCUUUACUUCAUUUUUUUCAAUUUAAAUUAAUUAGUUGCUUGUACAAUGUAUGUGUAAAUAAAACAAUUUUAAAAUCAACUGUGCUGCCAUGGACUCGGUAAUAGUGGCUUUUUAAAUGUGAAUUAAAUAAUGUAUUAUAGUUUGAGAAACUCACAGUAAUGACAGAAAAAUCUUUAGCUUGGAGCCACUUAGAUUCAAAUCCUGAAGCCACUACUUACCAACUAUGUAACCUUGAAUAAGUUAUUAAACUUCUUUGGAAUUUGGGAAGAUUAAUAAGUGGAUCCUUUUGUAUUAGGGGUUUGCAGAGAAAAAGAACCAAUAGGAGAUACAUACGUAUAUAGAGAAAAAAAAACCAGAUCAACCUUUUAGGACAGAUUGGCUAAUGCAGUUCUAGAGACUAAGAAGUUCCAUGAUCUGCCACAUUCAAGUUGGAACUCUAAGAAAGCCAGUAGUGCAUUUUAGUCCAAAUCCAGAGGCCUGAGAAGUGGUUGAUUUAAAUCCAGUCUGAGAGCAAGAUGAGAUAAGAUGUACCAGCUUACACAGUGAGGCAGGAAAAAAAGGGGUGAAUUCCUUCUUUCUCUGUAUUUUGUCCUAUUCAGAACCUCAGCAAAUUGGAUGAUGCCCAGCCACAUUGGGAAGGAGUUUACUGAGUCUACUAGUUCAAAUGUUAACCUCAAACUAGGUGUGAUGGCAAACACUAUAAUCCUAGCUAUUUUAGGAGGCUGAGGUAGUAGAAUCAGCGGAGUCCAUAUGUCAAGACCAGCCUAGGCAACAAGACCUCCUCUCAAAAAACAAGUAAGAGGGGGCUGGGGAUACGGCUUAGUUGGUAGAGUGCUUGCCUCCCAUGCACAUAGUCCCUGGGUUCAAUCCCUAGCACAAAAACAACAACAAAAACAACAAAAAACCCACAUGCAAAAGCAACUAAACGUCAAUCUCAUUCAAAAACACCCUUAUUGACCCAUCCAGAAAUGAUCUUUAAUUUGGGCACCUGUGAUAUACUCAAAUUGGCACAAAAUUAACCAUGAUAGUGCAGAACAAUUCAUAGGACAUAUCUCCUAAGUGUUAGCUAUCAUUAAAUGAUGAAUAUUUUUCUAAGUUCCUGGGGGAUAUAUUUGAAAAUUUUGAAAUAUUUGGGUUAAAGUUGUUUUACUAUCAUUAAAAAUUUUUAUUAUCAUUAAUAAAAUCAUUAAUAAAAAAUCAUUUUAUUAUCAUUAAAAAAUAUUAGCUAAAAAUACUGAUUAUUUGCAUGGUGAACUGAAUUGGAAUAUAUAUUAGUUUGUGAAACAAAUUUCAGGUACAGAAGACAAAUGUGAGAAAAGUAGGGGAUGGAAUGGGCCAGUUUAGUCUGUUUUGAUGAUUGAAAAUCUUCUACCAUGUGGCCUUCUGAUAACUGGGUCAGGAAAAGUCAAGUGCAAUUUGCAGAUCUGAAAUGAAGGAAGAACAGAAAUUGCUGGACUCCCCUAAGGCAUCUUGCUUCUCUAGUCCUCUGGCUUCACUCAGUUGCAGAAGUUGGACCUUCAGCCCCUAGGUUACUCUUGAAUUAUUUAGGAAGAAAGAUUGCGCACCGAAUGCUUAUAUGUUAUAUGAGUUAUUUGUAUUAUAUAGUUCAGUAGUACUUCAGAGGAUUGUAGGGAGAUUUUAAGAGAAUAAGCUAUGUGUGUGUUGUGGGGCGGGGGAGAGAGAGAGACAGACAGACACUGUGAUUGAACCCAGGGACAUGUUACCAUUGAACUGAGUAUGUAUGUGAUCCUGGGGAAUUAAUCUGGAAGUGCUCUACCACUGAGCUACAUCCCCAGUUCUUUUUGUUGUUGUGUUGAGACAGGGUCACUCUAAAUUGCCCUGGCUAGCCUUGAAUUUGGCUAUCCUCUUGCCUCAGCCUCCUGAAUAGUUGGGAUUACAGAUGUGUACCACCACACCCAGCUAAGAGAAUGAACUUUAAAACAUAUAUUCUCUCCACAAACUAGUCUGCUAAUUAGCAUUAGUCAUUUUGUCUUUAUAUCAUUUGUCAUCUCUGAGUCAAUAUUUGUUCUACUUGCAAUUACUGUGUGUAGUACCAAAUAAUAACCACAUUUAUUUUAAAAUAUAAUUUAUUCAAACUCUAAUUAGUCCAAGUUAGUGAGGGUUUACUAAGUUAACAUUCCAAACUGGUAUGUUAAAUGAUUUUGUAUUGUAAAAUAUCAAUAAAAUAUUGCUUGUGUUCUA